UCUUCAUUCGCAGCUGCAAAGGUUUUUACAAUUAAAGUAUGUCCGCUGCAUUAUUUGUACUGUUAUGCGCACUCAGUAUGGUUGUGGCAUAUCCCAACCCAAGAAUGGAAAAUCAACAACAAGAGCUGAGUCCUUUGGAUAUUACCAUGCCCUAUAAAGAAAACUAUGCAUUGGAGCAGGCCGAGGUGCAGCGAGUGAAGCGCCAGUUAAAUAUCCAGGGAGGUGGCAGUCCAGGCAAAGGUCUUGAUUUGAGUGUCGGUGCGCGUGUCCCAGUUUGGCAGAGUGACAGUGGACGUCAUUCCUUCGAUGCAACAGGCCAAUAUGCUCAACAUCUGGGUGGACCCUAUGGAAAUAGUCCACCGAAUUGGGGUCUUGGUGGAGUUUAUACUUUUAGAUUUUAAAAAUGUGCUUAUGCAUUCGGCGUCGUAGGAGUGAACAGUAUUUUGGUGAUUUAUUUUGUUUAGUUCUGGUGAUUGUAUUUGAGAUGAAAGUAUUAUUUAAAAGAAAUUAAAUAAAAUAUUAAUUAGAUGAGG